UCACACACGAAGUUUGAGGAAAAUAAAAGCAAAUGGAGUCACACUCGUGCAGCAGAACAAUGGUGAGGCGUCAAUUACUACCUCGGAGUACGUGAGACUUUACGUAGGUCGGUCGCGUGCUUUUGGGAAUGAAUGGAGCGUGCUUCUUCGAUCCAUCGAUUCGACUUCACGCUCGUGAUGGGAGAAACCAUGAAGCUAGGUGGUCCUCUCCUCUGCUCGGUUGCCCCGGAAUCCGCUAGAGCACUCCGUGACAAGGGGACGUGAGAGUGUGUGUGGAACAGCACCGAGCUCGGCAUUUGCACAAACAGGAGUGGGGCACGAACUCCGUCGACGCAUCCACGCGGUCCAUCGGUUUGAAUCGUGGGGAUGACAGGCAAAGAUCGAUCUGCCGGUGGCCAUUGCCCGCAAAACCAUGAACAGGAGGGACGAGAGAUGGCGCUGCUGCAUAUGGCUGCGGGUUCUUCUUGGAGUCCCGCACUAAUUACAAGAAUUAGGGGCCCUACCAACUGUCAGCAAGAAUCCAAAGCCUGCACAUAUCAUCGGUCUCUUCUUUUGCUGUGCAACCCAUCUCUGGCUUUCCUCCCCUCGUGUCUGUCGUCGGUGGUUCCUGCAAGCGGAGCGAGUUCACAACCUUCUCUGCUGCUGCUGUUAGAAUCUUGUAUGCAUUCAGCCUUUCUUCCUCCAUCUAGGGAGGCAGAAGCAGGAAUUCCUUAGUGUGGUCACUGUGAAUUGAAUCUUUUCCUUUUUAUUCUGUUCCCACUUUGAUAAGCAUCUUCUCGUUCUCAGAAUGCAAGGCGCAUUGCAUGAAACUUAGGGUUCAGGAUCGUCCGAGCUUGUCUCAUAUGAUGGCAUUUUAGGCGCAGUUUCUGCUGUUAGUUAAUUUGGAUCAGGCCUGUCAUGGAACCUUCUCUUGAUUGAUCUCUGCUUUUAUGUCUCUGUCUUCCAGGAGUUGCCCAUUGUAUACUAUGCUUUUGGAUCAGUUUCAUUGCUGACUUCAAAGAUUAGGUCAAAAAGAGUCGGUUCUGUGGUGGGAUGUCUGUUCCCUGAUACUUGACUAAGGACCUGUUCUUGUUCUUGUUAUCGUUGUGCUUCUUACUCCAUCAAUGGAGUAGAUCCAUAUGUAUACAAGUUCUUGGUUUAUCUUUGUUUUAGCCUUUCCAAAGAUACUAACUUUUAGGACAGUCCAUGCCCUAUUACAAAUUUCUGCUUCUAAAAUCCUUGUCAAAUGGGUAAAAAGGAUCGAAAAUCCUCUGGGGAUAUAGAAGAAGGGACACACCAUUCUCACCUGAAUGGGAGUGAUGAUGACAGCCUUUGCUUCUCAGAUGCAGAAGCACAUUCUUGUCAUUCGCCAUAUGGCUCUACUGGCAAUGGCCGUCGGGUCUCAGCUCAGGAGAUCGAUGGAUUUCAAGAGCCUUGUGGAAAAUCCGGCGUCUCAGAGUCUUCACUUGGAGAUGAUCUGGAGAAUGGUGCUUCAGAGGUAAAAGUUAACGUAGAUAGAGCUGAGCAAGAUUGCAGGAUCUGUCAUCUCAGCUUGGAGAAGGCAGCUCCAGAGUCAGGAGUACCGAUCGUAUUAGACUGUUCCUGCAAGGAUGAUUUAGCUGCUGCCCACAAGCAGUGUGCUGAAACAUGGUUUAAGAUCAAAGGAAACAAGAUCUGUGAGAUUUGUGGUUCAACCGCACGCAACGUGGUUGAUCUGGUUGAGUCUGAGCCCACAGAGCAGUGGAGUGAGGCUAAUUCUUCUACAGCUCCACCUGCUGCCCCACCAUCCGAAACUCGGAGUUUUUGGCAGGGGCACCGUUUUCUUAAAUUCCUGCUCGCGUGUUUGAUGCUUGCCUUUGUCAUCUCCUGGCUCUUCCAUUUCAAUGUUCCAGGGUGAAUACGAGAGGUUUGCAAGAGAGAGAGAGAGAGAGAGAGAAACAAAGCAUUUACCUCUAUUGCUGUCCCGAGCCGAUCAGCACUACCAGUAAAACCAUAAGAACCACAUUGCAUUGGAUGAAUGAAAUGAUCAAGCAAAAGAAACAUGUGAUGAAGUCUAUAAGGAGUUCCAGAUCCAUCAUCAGUUUGGUGUGAACAUAAAGCCAAGCUAAAUCAUGACCCCGUAGGAUGUGUUGUCCUUUGUUGUGUGCAUACUACCUAGAUUUGUUUUCCCUUCCGUAGCUUAUAUGACUUCUUGGAAGCUACGAUUCUUAGUUGGAUAUCAAAUGUUUUAGAUGUAUGAUGUAUCCUGGAAUCAAUACAUGGCGAAGAAAACUACGUAUAUUAUCUCACAGAACUCUAUCGAAUGAAGCAUGCUUUGCAGUUGUAUGUAUUAUUCCGAGCAAGCUUGCCGCCGACAAAUCAAGUCUCGUAAAGUUUAAUUAAUCAGAUGAGCUUUUCUUUUAGAUCAUGUCUGGGGAAGAUGUCGGCGAUGAUUGGAUCAACCAAUUUGGUUUGAAUCUACGUACCUAAGAAACUUCUUAGGUGGCGAUGUGCAUCCAAGACGGAUCCGGACGUUAGCUGGAAUUGGAAUCAAAAGAUCCAAGAUCGAAUGGGGCUCUCGAUGUGAUCCAUCCCUCUACUGAUAUGUCAAAGCCCGGCAAUCUUUUGCUCUAUUUCCU